ACAGGAUUCAUUCACGACCUACCCCGAAACGGAAGAUAUGGGCAGGAUGGUCGCCUCUCUCAUAGCGAACGGCGGCCAGUUCAAAACACUCUCUGCUGACCCCCCAGAAUUCGGGAAUCCUCGGAUAACGGAUCGAAUCCGAGCGGCAGGCGUACGCGACCUCUGGAACCUGAAUGCCCUGCUGUCGUGGCUCACCGUUGUGGACGCCCCUCAGCACGCCACGAAAAACGGCGUGAGCCUGCUACGGCGUAGUUGGUCUACCCUCAUGCUCUGGCUUGUCUAUCUUCUGGACAGCAGGGAGGGUUUCGACGAUGGUCUCAGCGCUUGCGUGCAUUUCCUCUUGCAUAUCUUCCGCUUGAAAGAGCAGCUAUCCGAUCUCCUCGAACAAACGAAUCAGCCACAAAUGUGGACGAUGGCGCUCUGGCUAAAUCUGGCCAUCGAGGUAGCCCCCGUUAACAUCAGGAAAAAUACACUCCUCGAACGAUACAUACCCUUGCUGCGGUCGCUGAACACGACGAUGCUAAUGCUGUCUACUCCCGUCGACUCCACGCGUUCGGACGACUACGAUCACGAGUCUGUUUCGAAAUCCCUGGCGGCAGUCGAGCACGUGUCCCAUCGAGUGCAUCGGCGGGCCCUCCAAAACGUACUGAAUAUCAUCACUGCUACCUACACCGCCCACGGCAAGCUAGAGUACCAGAUAGGCUGGUCCGACGUACUCGACGUUUCGGAUGCUCAGCUCCAACAGACGAAGCGGUUCUUCACAGAGAUGGGUGUCUCUCAGGUUUCUGCCCGCGAUGUAAAAGUCAUACUUGACAUCGUCCGGUCGCUACACGGGCUCAAGCUGCUCGACAACACCUCCCGAGACGCCAUCAUAUACACGGCUAUCGACCUUCUUGCAUCCUUCUGGGAUAGGGAUCAUCGUGCCAUUGGUUGGGCGAUUCGCAGCGGCGUAAUCGAAUAUAUGGUGGAGUCGCUCGUGCAGUCGGGAGUAUCGGAGGCGAACAGAGAGGCUUUCUUCACGAAUCUCAUAACUGUGGUUACCUGGACAGUACAUUUCCCAAUCGCUGUCCACUUCCACAAGAAAGGCGCCUCCGAAUCGAUUGCCCUCCUUGCGGGGAAGGACAAGCAUGGCGUAAUCUGGGCACAAGUACACGCUGAACUAAUGAAGCGUUGUGCCUUGGUCGAGAAAUUCUAUAAGCCUAGAUGCGAUAAUUAUCGAUGCCCCAAGCUUAUACCUCCCGACGAGAUGCGUGCCAAGUGCUGCCAGUGCUACGAAGUCUACUACUGCUCUCGAGCUUGCCAGAGGCAGCAUUGGGGCAUGCACCGGCUCUUCUGCCCUUUCAUCGGGAAGAGGCUCAACCGCCCUAGCGGUCACUAUAGCAAAACUGGCCCAGAGAUACAUAUCGAUGGAGGCUACGUCAAGCGCAAAGACGCCUUCUUUGUCGCGCAGCUCGUUCAGGAUAGCCUUCGAUACCAGGGCGAGGAGAUCCUCUCAGCUAUUCGAACGGAGAUGGAAGAGAAUCCUGAGGGGAAGCCCAUCCGCGACUUUGCACUCUUCUUCGACUUCGACGGCAAUGUACGCCCCGAGUUCACGGCGCAGGCGUACCCCGUCGAGGAGGGCGACCCUCAUAUUCCACCAACCGACCUAAACGAUCUAGCGGUCUAUGUGUACGCGCGCCUUCCCCCCGCUAGACGUGGCGAGGAUCCUGCGCCGUUCAUCGAGGUUACCGUCAUGUCGCUGUGGGAGCUCAACGACAUGGUCGAGCACUUUCGGGCUUGCAAGAAUCAUGCGGCCUGUGUGACGCGCACACAGGCCAGGCCGCCACGUUGCGAGAAGCUGGAAAAUCUGGGCAGGCAGUGCGACGAAUGCAUCUACGACUUUGGGGUGGAUGAUGAUCCAUGGAAUGGAUUGACCGCGAGGGAACGGAAGUGGGGGACGUACUAA